GACGUGUGCCAGCCAGACUGGUGGCUGGAGAAAGUCCCCCGGCUGAACUCGUCGCAGCAGAAGCAGCUCAUCUCGUUCUCCCGCAAGUGGCGGCGGCUCCGGCAGACUCCCUGCGUCGGCAGGCUCGUGGAGUCGGCCCUCGCGGUGGUGGAGGACGAGGCCAUCUGCGCGGAGCUGGGCAACAGCACCGAGUUCUUGCGUGCUGUGGGGAGCGCCAAGGAGUUGGACGACUACGGGGCAGUAUUCCGGUCCUUCUUGCUCGGCAGGCACGUGACGCUGGACGAGGCCUCGCGCGGCCGUCUGCUCUCGCUGGCCAGGCGGCUGGAGCAUUUCCAGCUCUGGAACAACAAGACCCAGGAGGGCACCCAGUGCCUAAAGGAGCUGAUGGACUGCAUGGAACGCGACACGGCUGUGGGUUGUCAUGCCGUGGCGGAGGUGCUUCACGACGAGGGGGUGGUCAAGCUGUGCAACGCGCUGGCUCCGCUGAUGGAGGACGCGAUGGCGAAGUGGGUGUUCAGCGUCCUGUUUGUGCUCCUCGUGCUCGGCUGCUCGGGCACGCUGUGCAUGGCGGCAAGCUGCCGCGUGAUAUGUUGCAGGUAA